CCGCAUGCAGCGUGUAUGCGUGUAUAGUAAAGAUAAAUAUAAAUCAUAUAGAUUAUUGAUAUAAUAAUGGAAGGUGCAGAAAAAAAGAUGGAUGAAAAGUAUCCUAUGAGAAUUGCAGAAAGACGAUUUAAAGGAAUUUUAAUGUGGCAAUGUGAAGCGGAGGAAUUUGAAACUAUGGAAACUAGAGCAGACGAUAUUUGGAUAUGUACCUUUCCUAGGUCAGGAACUACAAUGACUAUACAAUUAGUCUACUUGAUUCAAACAUUAGACUUUGAAACGGCAAACAACGUUCAACUAGAGGUUAGAGUUCCAUUCCUCGACUGCAAAGAUGACAGAUUUCCGUACUAUAAAGGAAAGAAGACAAUAGACGAAAUGAAAUCACCAAGGAUGAUAAAAUCACAUCUCCAUCAUUUUCUUCUACCUGAACAACUGCGAAAAGGCAAAGGGAGGAUAAUUUAUAUGUAUCGCAACCCGAAAGAUGCUGUUAUUUCACUAUUCAAAUUAUUCAAGUGGACACAUCAACUUGAUGAGGGAGACAAUAUGUUUGGUCGAUUCUUUGACAGCUUU